CAAAGUUUGACAGCCUCUUGGAUAUUUUGGGAACAGUGCAAAAGAUUUUCCUUCACAAUAAACUGGUCGUGUUAAAAGGAGGAAAGUCUCCGUUCUCGUGGUAGGUCGUGAAUGUAGUGGUUAAAGGCAGAGGGAUUCAUUGCUGGAAACAAAGGGAGUAAAACUGCGUGCAAAGCGUGUUAAAUCAAAGACCAAUUUGCCAAAAAGCAGAGGCGUUUGUGUUUGCAUGUGUAUGCACAAGAAAACUAUAACGAGUCAGGAGGCGGAGGAUCAUCAAAAGUGAUAGCCAGCAGCUGUGAAAAAUGCCAGGCAAAGUUGGUGUGAAAAUCAAAGCGGGUCGCAAUUUGCCCGUAAUGGACCGGAGUAGUGAUACUACUGAUGCAUAUGUUGAAAUAAAGCUGGGCAGUGUCACUCACAAAACCGACGUUUGUCGUAAAAGUUUAAAUCCACAGUGGAAUACUGACUGGUUUCGGUUUGAGGUGGACGAUGCCGAGCUGCAAGAUGAACCAUUGCAAAUACGUUUGAUGGAUUAUGACACAUAUUCUGCAAACGAUGCUAUUGGCAAAGUGAAUAUAAGCUUGAAUCCAUUAUGCUUGGAAAUGUCUGGAUCGACUUCGCAUGGAAAGGGGACAGUGCUAUCUGGUUGGAUACCAGUUUUCGAUACAAUGCAUGGUAUACGUGGUGAAGUCAAUGUGAUUGUCAAAGUAGAUCUAUUUUCUGAUUUAAACAAAUUCAGGCAGAGUUCCUGUGGCAUACCAUUCUUCCACUCACAAUGUAUACCAUUUGGCUAUCGCGCGCAGAUGAUACACGGUUUCGUUGAGGAGCUUGUGGUCAACGAUGAUCCCGAAUAUCAAUGGAUAGAUAAGAUUCGUACACCACGCGCUUCUAAUGAAGCCAGACAGGUUGUGUUUCUGAAAUUGUCGGGACAAGUACAACGAAAAAUGGGUCUCAAGGCCAUUAAUAUGGGCGCGAAUGCCGUUAUUGGUUAUACGCAAUGCUUUGACUUGGAAGGAGAUGUCGGUGUGGUGGCGCGUGGCAUUGGUACCGCGGUGACAUUGAUCAAAGAUACAUCCAGCAGCCAGUCAACGGCGACAACAGCAGUGGCAGAUAAUGCGCUAAUUGAAGAGCGUACAAUGAAGUACAUAGAAUUUCUGACAGGUUCGCACAUCAAUCUCGCCGAACAGCCACGUCCUUGUGAACUACAAAUUCACAAGUCACGCUCAUCGAUACUCUUCGAUUUGCAGCACACCAACAGGGGCGUCAUGGAGGACAACGAAAUCAUGCACGAUCUAAUGCGUCAGGAGGAUCAGCGCGGCGAGAAGCCACCAAAAAAGUUGCGUCAUCAUGUGAAGCGCUUCACACACACCUCACGAAAUAUGCUCAAUGAGAAAUAUAACGCAUUUAUGCGCAAAUUCGCCGAUAGCGUCGAUUCAAAAUCACCCAGCAGCACUUCGCGUUCACUAAGCAGCCUCUGCAUCAGUGGCGCACUGAUCAAAGAUGAUGCCACAACCUCUGGUUCAUCGGGACGUAGUUCCACUGGCACCGCUUACGAUUUGCGCAGACGUCAGAGUUUCAAAGCCAAACACAAAGUGCUUGGUGCUGUUGGUGCCAGCAGCGUUGGUGCAAAAUCAGCUUUGCAUCAGCGUCAAUCCACUGUAAAGCGCAGCAGCGGCGCUUAUGCCCAUCAUGCAAUUCUACGUUCGGUCAGUGCAGAUUCGUCGGUAAGAGGCAGCGUUGAGACCGGCAGCGGCGGCGGCGGCGGCGGCAACGCUGCCCACAAGCCCGGCGCGCCAAUAGUUGCAUCAAUAUCUGAAUAUUCGAACAGCACACGCUCCUCCCCGAACAUCUGUCCCGAUGAUGUGACGCAAUUGGACGCACUACUCGAACUUCAACGCGCGCACGGCAAGGCAGCGCGUUUCUACUACAACAACAAUAACAUAGACGUACGCUAUAAUACACCAUCGCUGGCGAGUGGUAGCUGUGGGCGUAGCGAUAGCAGCAGCUGUGUGGAUGUGGUCGGCGCCAUUGGCGGCUGUCAUCCGUUUGGUGAAUUCUCACAACACGAGCCACAUCGGCAGCAGCUGAUGAUGUGCGCACACGACACAGGCACAAUUCGUUCGGGCUCAACGAACACGCUGUCGUUGAGCAAUUCCGAUAGCUCUGGUUCAGAGGCGGAGUUGGCGCGUGGAAUUGCACGCGAAGAGGAGGUGGAACUUGUGAAAAUGCAGAAAUAUUUGAAAAUUUGCAAAGACACCGAAGCGAUGGAUGCCAAGUGGAUACAACCCAGCGAAUUCGAGUGCAACGACGACAGUUUGACAGAUCUAACACCGCGGCGUUCAUUGCUGCGCGACCUGAAAACAUUGUCGCAACAUGUGCAGGAUUUUAUACACCCAAAGCCAAAGAAAAUCGAAAAUCCGCCGACGCCAACACCAACACCACAGCAACAACGUCGCUCAAUACCACCACCACAAUCUCUGCUACUCCAACCGCCAUCAGAAGAUAGUAAAGCAUAUUAUUCCUCACAGCCGGAGAUUUGUCUUAAUUGGGAUGGCGAUAUGUGCGCUACACCACCAACCACACACAUUUCGCAUUCACGCUCGCUCAUCAAUCUCAGACGUAGCGCCGCCAGCAAUGCCAUUAAUGCUCAAGAGUUCGAUUUAACCACCACCAAAGAUGAUAUGUACGCUACUAAUGCCUCUGCCUAUGGCUAUGUUUCGGAUUCCGACGCAAGCUCUGCUUAUUUGCCAGUCACCAUUAAAUCAUUUGCCGAUAACAAAUGCCCUGUAUUUAAAAUUUGUCCCUCCACUCCCACACCCUCGGAAACCGAUUUGAAGAUUCCCUUUAUAGAAGAAGAUGUCUCGACAGAGUUGGACGAUAGUAGCGCCUCAGAGACCAAUGAUAUACCCACCCCGAUCUUAGGUGGUAGCACAAUUAGCGUAGCCACAGUUAGUGCUGCGCCGACUGGCGUUCUAAAUGUUAUUGCUAAUACCCCAGUAACUAGCAGAAAGUACGCAGUAGGCAAUAUUUAUCGUCGUAGUAUUAGUAGUCCACAGCGCUCCCCUAGUCCUCCCAGUGAUGUCCCCAAUUCCCCCAAUUAUUUAAGUGCAAUUCAAAAGUCUACUAAUCACAAUAGUAAUAAUCUAAAUUCACACUUGCUUGCGCCACCACCAUUGCCAUUGCCAUUACCAUUGCCGUCAUCGCCUACGCCAACGCUCGUAUCCGUGCCUGUGUCUACCACAUCGCCAUCUACACCGCUACUUUGCACCAAAAAUCGUCAUCACCGCCCACGCGAACAUCAUCCGCAUCAUCAUAGGUCAUUGAACGAGAUUAACGCAGCAGCAGCAGCGGUGGCAUCUAACAGCGCCUUGGUAGCGGCUGCUGCCGCCGCAUCUUCCGGCAUCACAGACAGUCCCAGCUUGAAACGCUUCGCAUCACCGGCACAGGCAGCUAUUGUCGCCGCAGCGGCGUCCAUGCCGAGUGCUAGCGCUUCAUCAUCAGCAGCGCUUAUUUCGGGCGGUAGCAACAGCGGUGGUGGCGGCGGCAGCAGCGGUUGCGCCAAACUUUCAUCCAGUCCAUCGAAGUUGGCAUUGAAUGGGGGAGAGACGACGACGACGACGACACAAGUCCCCAGCAGCAGCGCAGGCACAGUCACAACAAUACCGCCAGCAGUUGCAGCGGGUACUGCGCCAGUGCCGCCGACGGCGGCGGUAGCAGCGGAUGGGGCCGCGCCAACAGCAGUGACGAAUUCGGCAGCGGUCGCGUCAAAGGAGGUGCCGACGGAGAUGUGCAGGCGAUCAUCGGAUUCAGAUUUGAGCAUAACACCAAAAGGAAACUCUUUAUGUGUGGCCAGUGAACGUUUGGUAGCCGCUACAGCUUUGAUGCGCCUCAAUCAGCCCUUGGGUGCGAAAACUGCCAACACCGAUGGCAUGGAUGGCCUGCUGGAAUAUCCCUUCUUAACCAUGACCAAAUAUCCACCUGGCUUCAUCUUGCAUUUAGGUGCCACUGUUGCAGCGCGUUCGGUGAAAUUGCUGGAACGUGUACCCAAUCCCGAUGAGCCCGAAGUGCGCGACUCUUGGUGGACGGAACUGCGCAUGGAAAUACGUUCACACGCGCGCGCACUCGGUUGUAAUGUCGUUUUGGGCUACUCGGAAGCGACUACCAUAUCUGACGAUGUCUGCGUUCUGUCGGCUACCGGCACAGCCGCCGUCAUUAAUAUGGCCUACAAUCGUUCGGUGUCCCAAAAUGAUAUCAUCACUACCGGCACAAUAAAGCCCGUCGGCAUAGGCAUUGGUGUGAGCAGCAUCGCCGUCGUGAUGUCUGCCUCCUUGGAGGAACGUGAAACACUCAAAGAAAUGCGUAACGGCUUAGCUAAUGAAGCCGCCGCAGUAAUUGCAGCGAAAGAGUCGGCGACAUCUUCUUCACUAGGCGCCGGCAUACACGGUUCGGCAAGCAAGAAAAGUUCACUACCGCCCAGCAUGAAUUUAGUGAAAAAUUCCGCAUGUAGCGUCUGCCAUGUGCCGUAUAAUUUAGCGUCGGUGCCGUUCAAUGUGAAAAUGAAGAAAUGCGCUAUAUGCCGCAAGGGACGCGUGCCAGAUGUGCUUUUGGCCACACUCGAGGUCCCAGAGCAUUUGCAUGUCACCGGUCGUGGUUGCUUCAUGCAAGCACAAGUCGUGCGCGCCAAAAAGGAUCUACGUUCCGAACUUAAUGCCAAAGAGAUAUCGGAUGGUUUGCCCUUCUUGGAGUAUGAGCUGCAUCGUGUGCUCAUCAACAAGCUGAAGGCCAAGGGUAUGAAUGCAAUUUUCGGUUUGCGUGCGCAGGUGGCCAUAGGUGAACGCAUGAUUGCGUUAAUAGCGACUGGUACAGCGCUCUUCCUCACUGCACUGCCAGUGCCACAGGUGCCAAAGAUUGUGGCGGGCAAUUCGUGGACAGACAAACAGAAAUUGAAUGAGUUGCAAAAGAAGCUGCAGGAGACGUUCGAACGCAAUCAGGAAGUUUAUCAGCUCAAAUGUAUCGAUCCUGAUUUGAUAGGUAGCAGCGGUAGUGCGACAUUGGACAAGCAAUCGGAUACGGAUGAAUCGGAUGAUGAGGUUAUUGAAAUCGAUUUGAAUUGUGGCAAUAAAGAUACGUGCGUGUUGGAGGUGGAUGAUAUUGAGGAUUUAGAAAUUAUUUCGUUGCUCAUGGAAACCUAUCCCCCAGAGGGUUUCCACGUGGUUAACACGCAAAGUGUGCCCGGCAUGUUGGACAUAGAGGCGGUGAAGAAUGUGCAGAUGUUUACGCAGGUAUGGCGCGCCAAAUUGGAUGUCAAUCAAAAUAUUAAUGGAUUUCCCAAACAUUUUCAGCGACUUUUGCAGACGAUUUACUUUAAAUUGCGCACCAUGAUACCCUGUGCGAUUUGCGAUCUAAGAUUUCGACUCGACCUGCCGGAGAGUGAUCAAAUACAAUUACUAGUCACUGGCAUGGCACUCGGUCUAGGCGAUGCAAAUAAAUUUAAAUAUCGUCGCAAGCCAGCAGCUGCUACGGGCAUAACGAACGGCGCAAACACCGAUACGCCUGAUACGAAUGGUCUUACAGCUGGCAAUAAACGUACGCUGCAAGAAGAAGACUACAUUUUUCCACUCGACGAGGAUCAAAUGGUCGAGACGCCAACACCCACAUCAAAUUUGCCACCGUAUGGCUUAAAUAGCUUCAAGUUGGCGAAAACAUCACCAUCUCGACAGCAUAGCAAAAAAGCAAGUGCAAUUAAUCGCAAUUACUAUUUCCCUCUCCGCGAUCGUUAUGGCGUUGAUAUUACACCGCUCAGUUUUAUACCAGGUGGUCGCAUUGAUAAAUAUUUGGGCAAUUUGAAUUUCUUCUUUAUACGCGAAACGACUUCGAUACGUGAAACCGGUGGCAUUAGUGGUUUUGUGCACUCAUUUAUAACCGAGCUGUUGGCGGUGGUCCGUGCGCAUAUUUCAGCUCUGGGCGGUAAUGCUAUGGUUUCCUUCUAUAUGAGUGAAUUGAUUUUGGUCGAUAAUCAGCAUAAGAAUCAAGGUCAAUGCUUGAUAAGCAUCGGUGGUGAUGCUGUAUACGUCUCGUAUCACACUGAUGACUGAUAUACGCGACUAAAAGGCAUCUAGCGCCUAUUUUUCGCCAAUCGACCGAAGAGUCUAUACUACUAGGCGUCAUAAACAAUGAAUGGACAGCUGAAGAGCUCAAUCGCCGCAAGG